CUCUGCGCCCGUGAGCAGUCGCGCUUUGGCGAUGAGUGUGUGCUGCUCACGAUGAGCCCAAGCCUCACGACAGGCCGUAUUGAGUGCCAGGCAUGGCAGACAUCACCGCAGGCAGUGCACUUCUACCGUCUGGGAGUCCUGCGGGAGAAGUCGGACGAUUACUCGGACCUUGAGAGUGCCAAGUAUGUCCACAGCAGCAUCCCACUUGAGGUGGCGCAGCAGGAAACGGACGAAAAGGGCCACCCGCGCGUCGUGACACGGGCGCCUAGCCACGACAUUGACACACGUUGGUUUACUAGUUACGUCGCGGUGCAGCAGUUUGAGUCGCCGGUAAUACGAAAUCUUUUCAUGCGUGUGUCACGGCCUGGCAUGGAGCCGCCAGCGAUGAUUAACCUCCGCAACUACAUGGAGGACCCAAAGCGACGCAAAGUACCGUUGAUUGAAAAACUUGCGGACUUUCACGUUCUUAUAUUUCUUGCAGAAAGCAUUUUCUCUGUGGCAGACGACAUGCCGGUUAUUAUUGGCGCCAUUACUAAGCAACGGCCGGCGGAGGACGCGAUGCAUUACGGGGAGGUGCUGAAGUUGUACUUGGACCAAUGA